GCCAGGCCGAGGAAGCCGCGCUCGCCUCCCGCGUGGGGCUCGCAGUGCCUGUCCCGUCCCUGUCCCCAUCCCCACGGUGCCCACCCCAUCCCCAUGGUGCCCUCCCUGUCCCCAGGCAGGCCGAGGCUCAGGCCAUCGACCAGGAGCUCUUCAACGAGUACAAGUUCAGCGUGGACCAGCUGAUGGAGCUGGCAGGGCUGAGCUGCGCCACGGCCAUCGCUAAGGCUUACCCACCGGACUCCUUCACCACGAGCCGGCCCACGGUGCUCGUCGUGUGCGGGCCGGGCAACAACGGAGGCGACGGCUUGGUGUGCGCCCGGCACCUCAAGAUGUUUGGCUACGAGCCGACCGUGCACUACCCCAAGCGCCCCAACAAGCCCCUCUUCGAAGGCUUGACCACCCAGUGCCAGAAAAUGGGCAUCUCCUUCCUGGCCGAGUUCCCCGCGGAG